AUGUCAGACACCUCGGAUAAAAAGCCGCAAGAGGCCCACAACCACUCCACCGACGUGGUCAGCUACGGCGAGCACGAGUACGAUGGCAAGAGCGAGCCGCUCAUCCGACAGUUCGGCCUGCUGCCUCUUCUCGGCGUCGGCCUGCUCGGCGCCGGGUACUGGGCUGGUCAGAUCGUCACCAUGACCACCGUGCUCGGUGUGGGCGGUCCACCCGGUCUCUUCUGGGGCACCUUCCUCUGUGCAUUCUGCAUCCUCUGCAUCGCCCUCUCGCUCGCAGAGCUCGCCUCGGCCUACCCAACCGCCGGUGGCGUUCUCGACUGGGCCUACGAAUCCUCCUCCAAGUCGAGCCGCAAAUUUGUCGCAUGGACCACCGCAUGGCUCAACACGUUUGCCUGGAUCGUCACCGCCACCACAUGGGCUUCGCUCGUAGCCCAACAGGUGCUCGCACUGGCUGUGCUUUACCAUCCGGACUUUGUCAUCAAGCAGUGGCACACCUGGCUGCUUCUGCAGGUCGUGCUCAUCAUCGGUCUGCUCGUCAAUGUCUUUGCCGUCAAGAUCAUGCCUGCCCUCGACAAGGUCGGUCUCGUCACCUUCUUCCUCGGCUGCUUUGUGCUCAGCAUCACCGUCGCUGCCAGCGCACCCACCCACCAAUCCGCCAAGUUCGUCUUUGUCGACAUUAUCAAUGCGACAGGAUGGAAGUCCAACGGUCUCGCCUGGUGCAUUGGUCAGGUGGCUACCUCGGGCGCUUUUAUUCUCAUCGACUCGCCCAGUCAUCUCUCCGAGGAGACGAUCGAGCCCGAAAAGAACGUGCCCAAGGCCAUGGUCUACUCGGUGCUCAUCGGCACCGUCACGGGUCUCUUUGUCACGCUCUGCUUUAUGUUUUCGAUCGUCGACAUUGACGGCGUCCUCGGUAGCGCUACCGGCGUGCCUUAUAUCCAGAUCAUCAAGAACGCCACGCGAUCCAACGGUGCCACUGUGGUGCUUUCGCUCUUUAUGAUCAUUCUCUCGCUCUACGGUGCUGUGACCUCGGUCACUGUUGCCAGUCGAGUCGCCUGGGCGUUUGCACGAGACGGUGGUCUGGUGGCACCUUCUUUCUUCUCGAGGAUGUCCAGUUCGCUGCAUGUGCCCGUACCCGCGCUCAUCCUGUGCGUCUUUGUCUCGAGCUGCAUCGGCGUCAUCUACCUCGGCAGCAUCACCGCCUUCAACUCGUUCCUCUCGGCACUCACCAUCCUCUUCUUUGCUUGCUACGCCAUGGUCAUCGGCGCAUUCAUGCUCAACAACCGCUACAUCGAACGCAGCGGUCCCUACCGCCUCUCUUCCACCGUCGGAUGGGCGGUCAACGCCAUCGCCAUGGUUUACAUGCUCGUGUUCGGCGUGUUCUUCUGCUUCCCAACCGUCUACCCGCCCGAGGCAAACACGAUGAACUGGUCCAGCGUCAUCCUCGUCGGCGUUUUCCUUAUCUCCUCGGUCGGCUACGUCACGUGGGGAAGGAACAGCUACGCCGGUCCCAGCGGCGCCGUCCUUGCCCAGCGCAUUGGCAAAGGCUCAGCAGCAGCUUAG